GUUUGCGAAAGGGACAUUCGGUCGACUGAACUAGUGGGCGAUAUCGGUGUCAUCGGCGGCAGUUGUCGUGGAUUUUCCUUUGCGAUAGUCGACAUCCCGGCAGUAUAUGACUUGUUGAAAU